CCCCCUCGGCGCGGCCGCCCGGAGACGCCGGCCCCGCUGAGUGAUGAGAACAGACGUCAAACUGCCUUAUGAAUAUUGAUGCGGAGGCUAGGCUGCUUUCGUAGAGAAGCAGAAGGAAGCAAGAUGGCUGCCCUUUAGGAUUUGUUAGAAAGGAGACCCGACUGCAACUGCUGGAUUGCUGCAAGGCUGAGGGACGAGAACGAGGCUAGCAAACUUUCAGCAGCAGACCCUCUCAAGAUUGUCUACUUGCCCUUGUUCUUGUUGCGUUGCCACACUUGGAAGCAGGAGAUGGGCUCAGCAACAGCCAAGAGGCCAUGAUCCAGGAGGAGCAGUGAGGGACAGAGCUGCUGAAUUCAUUCAGAGGGCAGCCUUGUGGAUGGCCCCGAAGCAAGCCUGAUGGAACAAGAUAGAACCAACCAUGUUGAGGGCAACAGACUAAGCGCAUUCCUGAUACCAUCUCCUUCUGCCAUUUGCCAGACAGAACCUCUGGCUAUAAAGCUCCAGAAUGGAAGCCCAUUAACUGAGAGACCUCAUUCAGAAGUAAAUGGGGACACCAAGUGGCAGUCUUUCAAAAGCUAUUAUGGAAUACCCCCUAUGAAAGGAAGCCAGAAGAGUCGUGUAAGUCCAGACUUUAUACAAGAAUGUAGGGGGUAUUCCAAGAAUUUGCAAAAUGGAGGAAUAAAACGCACAGUUAGUGAACCUUCUCUCUCUGGGCUCCAUCAGAACAAGAAAUUGAAACAAGACCAAAAGGCUAAUGGAGAAAGAAAGAACUUCGGGGAAAGCCAACAAAGAAAUCCAGGUGAAAGCAGCAGUCAACCAAAUGUCUCCGACUUGAGUGAUGAGAGAGAACCUGAGAGCCCUAUAGCCCAAGAAAAUGCAGUUAAAAAUUUAGCCAGUUUUUCAACACAUAACUGCAGUGGGUCUGAAAAUCCAGGGCUUCAGAUUCUGAAUGAACAGGUGGAAAAAAAUGUCAACUACCGUGACAAGAACAUUGUAUUACUUCUUAAAAACAAGACAGUGCUAAUGCCUAAUGGUGCUACAGUUUCUGCCUCUUCCAUGGAAAACACACAUGGUGAACUCCUGGAAAAAACACUGUCUCAAUAUUAUCCAGAUUGUGUUUCCAUUGCGGUGCAGAAAACCACAUCUCACAUAAAUGCCAUUAACAGCCCGGCUACUGAUGAGUUGUUGUGUGAGAUCACUCACCCAUCCCAUACCUCAGGGCAGAUCAAUUCCCCACAGACCUCGAACUCUGAGCGGCCUCCAGCACCAGUCGCAGUGGUGACUGAGGCCUGUGACGCUGAUAAUGCCAGUAAACCACCUGCAAUGCUCGGUACCUGUCCUUUUCAGAAACCAGAACAACUACAACCACAAAAAUCAGUCUUUGAGAUAUGCCCAUCUCCUGCAGAAAACAGUAACAUCCAAGGAACCAAACAGCUAGAAUCUGGUGAAGAAUUCUGUUCAGGUUCCAGCAGCAAUUUGCAAGCUCCUGGUGGCAGCUCUGAACGGUAUUUAAAGCAAAAUGAAAUAAAUGGUGCUUACUUCAAGCAAUACUCAGUGUUCACUAAGGAUUCCUUUUCUGCCACUACCACACCACCACCAUCACAAUUGCUUCUUUCUACCCCUCCUCCUCACCCACAGAUUUCUCAGCUUCCUUCAGAAGGAAAAAGCACUCUGGAUGAUGGAGUUUUAGAAGAACACCAUCAAUACCCCAACCAAAGUAACACAGCUCUUUUAGGGGAAGUGAAAAUACAGAAUCACCCAGAGGCACCACAAUCCCGGAGUCCUAACCCAUCUACAUAUGCAUCCAGUCCCUCUCUGGUGCUUCCAAAAAGGCCUCAGAAUAAUUGUGUUAACAGGAAUGAUAUACGGACUCCAGGGACAAUGGCUGUUCCACUGUGUUCUGAGAAAACAAGACAAAUAUCAGAACAUCUCAAGCAUAACUCACCAAUUCUUGGUAGCAGUGCAGACCUACAGGGCCACUGCCAGCAGUUAAUGGGACACAAAGAGCAAGAGAUUCUAAAGGGUCAACACAAGGAACAAGCACAAGAUCAUGAGCUCUCAACACAGUCCUAUCUGAAACCAGGGUGGAUUGAAUUGAAAGCCCCUCAUUUUCAUCAAGCAGAAUCCAAUCCAAAAUACAAAGAGGCAUCACUGCGGUCAAUUCUUCUGUAUAAAUCCAACCCUUCCAAUCAGAUGACCUCCAAACAAUACACUGGAUAUUCCAAUGUGCGUGAGGGACUCCCAGGGCAAGCUUACGUCCAGAAAAUAAUGCAGCUGGAGCAGAGGUCACAAAGGUACCAAGCUGAGAUCAAUCAAGGGCAAUCACAAGGUACAGUGGACCAGCACCUCCAGUUCCAAAAACCCUCACCCCAGGUGCAUUUCUCCAAGACAGACCCUUCACCUGAAGCUCACAUGCAGUCAGUGUGUGCCCCUAGCCUUCAUUUUCAAUCAAGACCAGAUCCCCAAACUCAGAAACUCAUGCCCACAUCAUUAAAACAUCACUUGAGUCAACAGGCUUCAGAGACUGAGCCUUUCUCAAACUCACACCUUUUGCAGUAUAAGCCUCAUAAGCAGGCAGUACAAACACAGCCAUCCCAUAAUUCACAUCUCCCUCAAAACCAGCAACAACAGCAAACAUUGCAAAUGAGGAGUAAAGAACAAAUACCGCAGACAUUUUCACAUCCCCAAAGCAAUGGUGAGCAGAAAAGAGAAGGAUCGUUCUUUAGCCAGAUUAAAGUGGAAGAAUACUUUCAUGCUGAAAAUCAGUCUGUGAAAUCAAGGGAGUUCCAGACUCCUAACACCCAAGUGGGGCUGGAGCAAAGGCAGAAUAUGAACAGUAGAAAUUCCCCUUAUGGUCAGAUCCUGAAGUCAAAUGCAAGCAAUGUACAGCUGUCUUGUGGGAACAAUACACACCUAGUUCCAGAGAAGAAAGAACAGACCAUAAAUACUGAACUUUUUACAGGAAACAAGACUCAAAACUUGCACCACAUGCAAUAUUUUCCAAAUAAUGUGACCCCAAAGCAGGAUGUUUUUCACAGGUGCUUUCAAGAACAGGAGCAGAAGUCUCAACAAGCUUCAGUUCUACAGGGAUAUAAGAGUAGAAACCAAGAUACAUCUAGUCAACAAGCUGCACAGCUUGCUCAGCAAAGGUACUUGAUGCAGAACCAAGCGAAUGCUUACCCUGUGCCUGACCAGGGAGGAAGGCACAUUCAGACCCCUCCCCACAAGGACGUCCAAAAGCAUGCUGCUCUAAGGUGGCACCUCUUACAGAGGCAAGAACAGCAGCAAACACAACAACUGCAAACUGAGACUGGCCAUAAUCAGAUGCACAGGCCCAUUAAAGUGGAGCCCGGGUCCAAGCCCCAUGCCUGUAUGCGCCCCACGUCAGCACAGGCAGAAAACAAAAUGUGGAAAAAAAUAACUAAGCAAGAGAUUCCACCUCAGAGCUGUGAUAAUGUGCAGCAAAAGAGCAUCAUUGAGACCAUGGAGCAGCAUUUGAAGCAGUUUCAGGUCAAAUCAUUAUUUGACCAUAAGGCUCCUCCACUCAGAUCACAAAAGCAAGUAAAAGUUGAAAUGUCAGGGCCAGUCACGGUGUUAACCAGACCAACUACUGCUGCAGAACUUGAUAGUCACACCCCAGCUUUAGAGCAGCAAGCAACUCCUUCUUCAGAAAAGACACCAACCAAAAGAACAGCUGGUUCUGUUCUCAAUAAUUUUUUAGAGUCACCUUCCAAAUUACUAGAUACGCCUAUAAAAAAUUUAUUGGAUACACCUGUCAAGACUCAAUAUGAUUUCCCAUCAUGCAGAUGUGUAGAGCAAAUUAUUGAAAAAGAUGAAGGUCCUUUUUAUACCCAUCUAGGAGCAGGUCCUAAUGUGGCAGCUAUUAGAGAAAUCAUGGAAGAAAGGUUUGGACAGAAGGGUAAAGCUAUUAGGAUUGAAAGAGUCGUCUAUACUGGUAAAGAAGGCAAAAGUUCUCAGGGAUGUCCUAUUGCUAAAUGGGUGGUUCGGAGAAGCUGCAGUGAGGAGAAGCUGCUGUGUUUGGUGCGGGAGCGAGCAGGCCACACCUGUGAGGCUGCAGUGAUCGUGAUUCUCAUCCUGGUGUGGGAAGGAAUCCCACUGUCCCUGGCUGACAGACUCUACUCGGAGCUCACGGAAACACUGAGGAAAUUCGGUACUCUCACCAAUCGUCGGUGUGCUCUGAAUGAGGAGAGAACCUGUGCCUGUCAGGGGCUGGACCCAGAGACCUGCGGUGCCUCUUUUUCUUUUGGUUGUUCAUGGAGCAUGUACUACAACGGAUGUAAGUUUGCCAGAAGCAAGAUCCCAAGGAAAUUUAAACUGCUUGGGGAUGACCCAAAAGAGGAAGAAAAACUGGAGUCUCAUUUGCAAAACCUGUCCACUCUUAUGGCACCAACAUACAAGAAACUUGCACCUGAUGCAUAUAAUAAUCAGAUUGAGUAUGAAGACAGAGCACCAGAGUGCCGUCUGGGUCUGAAGGAGGGCCGACCAUUCUCAGGGGUCACUGCAUGUCUGGACUUCUGUGCUCAUGCCCAUAGAGAUUUGCACAACAUGCAGAAUGGCAGCACAUUGGUAUGUACCCUCACUAGAGAAGACAAUCGAGAAAUUGGCAGAAAACCUGAGGAUGAGCAGCUCCAUGUUCUGCCUUUAUACAAAAUCUCUGAUAUGGAUGAGUUUGGGAGUGUAGAAGCUCAGGAGGAGAAAAAACGAAAUGGCGCCAUUCAGGUACUGAGCUCUUUUCGGCGGAAAGUCAGGAUGUUAGCAGAGCCUGUCAAGACGUGCCGGCAAAGGAAACUAGAAGCCAAGAAAGCUGCAGCUGAGAAGCUUUCCUCUCAGGAGAACAGCUCCAGUAAGAAUGAAAAGGAAAAGUCAGCCUCGUCACGUACAAAACAGACUGAAAAUGCAAGCCAGGCUAAACAGUUGGCAGAGCUUCUGCGGCUUUCAGGACCAGUCAUGCAGCAGUCCCAGCAGGCCCAGUCGCAGCCCCAGCAAUUGCAGAAGCAGCCACAACAGCCACAGAAGCAGCCACAGCCACAACCACAACAGCCCCCACAGCCGCAGCGACCCCAGCAGCAGCAGCCACAUCACCCCUUGACUAAUAACCCUCAGUCAGAGCCUAUCAACUCUUACUCUUCUUCUGGACACACCAAUCUAUAUAUGAGACGGCCCAAUCCAGUUAGUCCUUAUCCAAGUUCUUCACACACUUCAGAUAUUUAUGGAGGUGCCAACCCAAUGAACCUCUAUUCCACCUCAUCCCAAGCUGCAGGAUCAUAUUUUAAUUCUUCUAAUCCCAUAAACUCCUAUCCUGGGCUUUUGAAUCAGAACAACCAAUAUCCAGCAUAUCAGUGCAAUGGAAAUGUAUCAGUGGACAACUGCUCCCCAUAUCUGAGUUCCUAUUCUCCCCAGUCGCAGCCCAUGGAUCUUUAUAGAUAUCCAAGCCAAGACCCUCUCUCUAAACUAAACCUACCACCCAUCCAUACACUAUACCAGCAGCGGUAUGGAAAUAGCCAGAGUUUUUCUUCCAAGUACCUGGGUUAUGGAAACCAAAAUAUGCAGGGAGAUGCCUUCAGCAGUUGUACUAUUCGGCCAAAUGUACACCAUGUAGGGGCAUUUCCUCCUUAUUCCACUCGUGAGAUUGACAGCCACUUCAUGGGAGCCGCCUCUAGAUUACCAGCCAAUUUGAACAAUCCAAACAUAGACUAUAAAAAUGGUGAACAUCAUUCAUCUUCUCAUAUCAUCCAUAACUACGGUGCAGCUCCGAGCAUCUUCAACAGCUCUCUUCAUGCCCUGCAUCUCCAAAACAAGGAGAAUGACAUGCUUUCCCACACAGCUAAUGGGCUGUUGAAGAUGCUUCCAGGUCUUAACCCCGAGGGAACUAUUUCUGCCCAAGAAGGCUUACACAAAUUAAAUGAUGCUAGCAAUCAGGAAAAGCAGCCUUCGGUGCCAGUCCAGGGUGUGGCUUCUGCUUCAGAGGACAAUGAUGAGGUGUGGUCAGACAGUGAGCAGAGCUUUCUGGAUCCUGACAUUGGGGGAGUGGCUGUGGCUCCAUCUCAUGGGUCGAUCCUCAUAGAGUGUGCAAAGCGUGAGCUGCAUGCCACAACCCCUUUAAAGAAUCCCAAUAGGAAUCACCCCACAAGGAUCUCUCUUGUGUUUUACCAGCAUAAGAGCUUAAAUGAGCCCAAACAUGGCUUGGCUCUCUGGGAAGCCAAAAUGGCUGAAAAAGCCCGCGAGAAAGAGGAAGAGUGUGAAAAGUAUGGCCCGGACUAUGUGCCUCAGAAAAUCCAUGGCAAAAAAGUGAAACGGGAGCCCCCUGAGCCACAUGAAUCUUCAGAACCCACUUACCUGCGCUUCAUCAAGUCCCUUACUGAAAGGACCAUGUCCGUGACCACAGACUCCACAGUAACUACAUCUCCAUAUGCCUUCACUCGGGUCACUGGGCCUUACAACAGAUACAUAUAAUGUCACCCCUUUUGUUGGUUACCUCAUUUGAAAAGACCACAACCAACCUGUCAGUCAUGUAGUUCUCGUGACAUGGGCAGUGGGGAAAGGACACAGUACUCAUGAUAAAUGUGGUGGGAAAAACCUUGGCUCACCAGCGAAAUAGAGGUGAUUUUACCAUAGCACUUAAUUUCCACUGACUUAUAAGUGGUCACAGAUGGCAUCUAGGAAAAAGACCAAAGCAUUCUAUGCAAAAAGAAGGUGGGGAAGAAAAGUGUUUUGCAAUUUGCAUUUUUAAACACUGGUUUUAUUAUUGGACGAGAUGAUAUGUAAAUGUGAUUUUCUUUUUUUUUCCUUACAACUCUACACAUCUGUGACCACUUUUAAUAAUAUCAAGUUUGCAUAGUCAUGGAACACAAACAAGUACUGUAGUAUUACAGUGGCAGGAAUCUUAACAUACCAUCUGGUGCUGAAUAUACGAUGUACUGAAAUACUGGAAUUACGGCUUUUUAAUAUGCAGUUUUUACUGUAAUCUUACAAUUAACUUUUAUUUAUCAGAUAGCUAGAGGAAGCAUGAAUGAACAGACAGCAAAACACUGAAUUUGUUUGGAUGCUCUAAGAAAUGGUGCUAAGAAAAUGGUGUCUUUAAUAGUUGAAAAUUUAAUGCCUUUAUAUCAUCAAGAUGCUAUCAGUGUACUCCAAUGCCCUUGAAUAGGGGUACCUUUCAUUCAAGUUUUUAUCAUAAUUACCUAUUCUUACACAAGCUUAGUUUUUAAAAUGUGUAUAGUUUAAAGGCCGCUGGAUUUUGCUCAUCCAGUGACGUCCUUGUAGGACAAUAAACGUAUAUAUGUACAUAUAUAUUUACAUGUAUGUAUAUGUACACACGUAUAUGUAUAAAUAUUUUAAAUGGUGUUUUAGAAGCACUUUGUCUACCUAAGCUUUGACAACUUGAACAAUGCUAAGGUACUGAGAUUUUUUUUAAAAAAAAAAAAAGUUUACUUUCAUGUUAGAAUGCAAAGUUAAUUUUUUUUUAGGGAAACAAGGAAACCUUUGAAAAUGUUUUUGCUUUUAGCCAUGCAUCUGCUGAUGAGCAGUGUGUCCAUUUUUAAUACAGCCAGUUAAAUCCAAAACGGGGCUUACUGGAUCCACAGGAACACGUUAGACACAAAACACAUGUUUUCUGGUGCUCAUCUCUCAUGCUAUACUGUAAAACAGUUUUAUACAAAAUUGUAUGACAAGUUCAUUGCUCAAAUAUGUACAGUUUUAAGAUUUUCUAUUAACUGCAGGUAUUAGUUCACCGCAUGCUACAGACUCAACAAAGCUAGUUCACUUACACCUAUGCUAUUUCAUGGAUCUGUAUGCUCUUCAAAGACCCAAAUGGCAGUCUGUCUUUGUGUUGAUAAUUAUGCGCAGCGUGAGGCUGUCAUUUCUUAGCUUAAGUGUCCUCUUUCCCAGGAAGACUGAGCAGACUGAUGCCUGCAUAAGAAACAGGGUUAGUUCUGUGUGAAUCUGUUGAUUAAAAAGAAACAAAAACAGGCAGCUGGUUUGCUGUGGUGGUUUUAAAUCAUUAAUUUGUAUAAAGAAGAAGUGAAAGAGUUGUAUAGUAAAUUAAAUUGUAAACAAAACUUUUUUUAACACAAUGCUUUAGUAUUUUAGUACUGUAAAAAAAUUUUAAAUAUAUAUAAACAUAUAUACAUUAUAUAUAUAUAUGGGUUUGAAGCAGAAUUCACAUCAUGAUGGUGCUACUCAGCCUGCUACAAAUAUAUCAUAAUGUGAGCUAAGAAUUCAUUAAAGGUUUGAGUGAUGUUCCUACUUGUCAUAUACCUCAACACUAGUUUGGCAAUAGGAUAUUGAACUGAGAGUGAAAGCUUAUAGCAUUGUGUACCAUCAUUUUUUUCCAAGUCUUUUUUUUUAUUAUUAUUAAAAAAAAAAAAAAAAAAAAAAA